AUAAAUCUGAGCCAACGGAGAGCAUAGCAUGCACUAUGUGAUUUCCAAGUAUUCCUAGCUAACUAUAUAUAUGGCCUAAUAUAACUAAUUAAUUGGCCUCUUUCUGAAGGCAAUUUCUCUCGGUUGAUCCUCUCAAAUAUUUGAUUGUUUUUAUUAAUCAUAUUUCAUAUUUGUAUAUAUGUUGAUCGUUCUUUGAGGUGAUUGGUUUGAGUUGUGGGAUGAGAAGAAGCCAAGGCAAGUGUUGAUCAAGAUGGAGAAGCAGGGCACGUGCAUUACCAACUCAUCAUGCAUGUACUAUACCCUUAAUUAUUAUAAUUAAUACUACACAUUUAUUAAUUGUCUACUCACUUACACAAAUAAAUUAAAUAUAUAUAGUUAGUGGCUUAAUGAGUUAAUGAUCUGAGUUGGUAUUUCAUGUGUCCGCCUUCGCCAUCAUGACCACUUUGCCUUUAUGUUAAUGGUGGAUUCCUGCAAGCAUAUCCACUCCAGCAGCCAUAUCAUCCAUCAUCUUCAUAAAUUUGCCUACAUGCAGAUCAUAUCCUUAAUUAUGAAGGUAAAUCAUUUGAAACUAUUUUUUAUUUUUCAUUUCCGAUAAUUGUACUGGAAUGACCUUGAAAACAUAUACUGAGAUACUAGCCAGAAACUAAACAAUAAUCAAACUUGUAGUUCUUGAAAACUUUACUGCUUUAACUUUCUUGAUCAAUUGUGAUAAAAUUUUGCUAGCUAAUAAUUAUUUUGAUUAAUAUGUAUUAUUAUUUAUGGAAGUCAUAGACAUUAUGCUUUUAUAAGAGUAAAUUUACAAUUAUAAAUAUUGUGUAUAUAAAUAUAUCAUUAGUCAAAGUUUAAAGUUAGAGAUGAAUAAAGUUAAGAGAAAAUUCGAUCUUUAAAUUAAAGAGGACUAAACAAUGAUAAGACUAUCAUUAUUUUAUUUCCAAAAUAAGACUCGUUCACUCCUAAUUUAGAAAGUUUUAAUCAAUUUUUUCUCUUUUUUUUUUUUUGAAGGAAUCAAUUUUUUCUCUUAAUAGAACUAAAUAAGCCCCAUUAAAGGAAUAAAACACACUUAGUCCCACUUUUGCACUUUGUUUAUGUUUAUUCUAUUUUGAGCAAUUUCUAUAAAUUUAAGAGUUUUUUCCUAAAAUAUUAGUAAUAAUAAUUUGUGGAUAAAAAAGUGACUAUAAAGUUACUAAGAGUAAGUUUUAUAAUCACUAUGAUGCAAUUUGAAUACAAUUAUAGUCACAAAAGUUACUAGAGUCAUACUUUUAUCCUAAAGUUAAUUAAAGAUGUUUAAGUAUGAAUAGGGAAUGGAAGGAUAUAUACUAAAAAAUAAAAAAGAUCGUAGGAUCUUAUAAUUGGACUGGAAUUUUCUGGUCUGGUCUUUUAAGUCUAGUUUGAUUUGAACUGAUCUAAUUUGAUUUGGUAGAUGUCUGGUUUAAGUGUACUUUACAAUUGUCAAAGUCUAGUCUGGUUUGAUUUCUUCUAGUUUGUUUUAGUCUGCGAAUGAAACCUAGUCUAAGUAAAAUGACAUGGAUAUAUAUUUGUCACACCUCAUUUGAUUUAUUUUGGUAUGUUCUAGCGUGCGACUCAAAUCUAGUUUGUGGUCCGUUACAUAGUGAUUAUCUCACCUUAUUUUGUCCCACCCUUGAGGCCAAUCAGUCGGAAAUUUGAUCAUGACUUCGAUCCCAAGUGUGUAAAUUGUGGCGGUUCUCUCUCUAACUUCAUUCCUCCUAUUUUUGUUUUUGUUUUUUGGGAAAAGUGUCAAACAGGCCCCCUACUAAUACGAAAAAGUCAAUUAAAUCCCUGAACUCUAAAACACCCAAUUAAACCCACGAACUAUAAAAAACGAGACAAAACAGUCUUUUUAACAUGUAAUUAACCAAUUCCUAGUUCCAUUAGUCCACGUGUCACACAUGUGUCGCCACGUGUUGCCAUUUGUGGCCACCUGUCGGCUAUCGCCACAUGUAAAGGUUUACGUGGAAUCAGUUAAUUACAUGCCAAAAGAACUGUUUUGCCUCGUUUUUUAUAGUUUGUGGGUUUAAUUGAGUGUUUUUUGAGUUCGGAGGCUUAAUUGACUUUUUCGUUUUAGUGGGGGGCCUAUUUGACACUUUUCCUUUUUUUCUCUUUUUUAAGAUUGUGAUUUCUCGCAUAUUACAUAUAUUUCCUAUUAAAUGCAAACAUUUGUAAUUUAGAAUAGUUUCAAAUACGGACCUACUCUUCAAUCUUUAUGAGUGUCACAAUGAUGCCAUUGAACUAUAAGGUACACGUUUGACUUCUCCCAUUUUAGUUAGACAUCUUUGAUUUCUCACGCCGAUAAUGUUAAGUUUUGCCGAAUCAUAUAUUUAUACUAUGACAAAUGGUAUGUAUAGGUAGGGCUGAGCAAAACCCGAUCCGACCCGAAAAACCCGAUAUUUUUUUUGAAUAUUAUCCGAACCGAAGUGGAUAUCCGACCCGAAAAACCCGAAACCGAAUAUCCGAUUAGUAUUGGGCCUAGACCGGGUGGCGGGUAGGGUUUGUGAAAUCCCAACCCGACCCGCCCGAAUAUCCGAAAUAUAUGUUAGUGUGUACUUUGAAUAUUUAAAUUAAUACUUGUGUUCAAUUAUUUGUAUAAUUAUUUGUGCAAUUUGUAUUCAAUUAUUUGUGUAAAUUGAAUGUGUAGUGAACUAGUGUGUGUACAAUUUUUGUUAAAGUGGCAUUCCAACACGUUAAUUAACUAUCCAAUUAUAAUGUGUUUUGAUAUAACCAAAAUAUCCAAAAUAUAUUAAAUUACGUAGUGUGUACUUUGAAUAUGUUAAAUUUAUACUUGUGUUCAAUUAUUUGUGUAAGUAUUUGUGCAAUUUGUGUUAAAUUAUUUGUAUAAUUUGGAAGUUUAGUGCACUAGUGUAUACAAUUUUUGUCAAAGUGGCAUUUAAACACUUUAAUUAUCCAAUUAUAAUUUUUUUAAUAUAACCGAAAUAUCCGAAACCCGACCCGAUAUCCGAUAAUAUCCGACUUGAAAAUAUCCGAAAUACCCGAUUUGAAAUAUCAAAGGGUCGGGCCUAGUAUUUAAAUUAAAAAACCCGAACGGGUUUAGGGUUCGCAAACCCGACCCGCCCGAACCCGACCCGUGCACACCCCUAUGUAUAGGUAAAAGUUUUUUUGUUCAAAAAAUUUAUCAUAAAGUAUAAAAUUUGUAAGCUUCACAUAAAUAUAUUCAUUAGAAUAAUUGGUCCAAGUUUAGAAUAUAGCAUUAAUCAGAAAAAUAAAAGACGAUUACAUACAAAUGGCCUGGUCAAAAUCAUGAAGUAUUGGAUUGGGUGUGAUUGUGUGAAUAGCUUGCAAACCAAGCAUAUUCCCAAGGAAUAUGGAUCCUCUCCAGUAACUGGAUGCUUCCAGCUGGAGAGAGUUAGAGAUGAGGGAAAUUAUGGUGGGGUAUGUUGGUGAGUAAGAUAGAGAAAAAGAUAGAGAUAGAUAGGAAGAAAAAAAGAAAUGGAUGAGAAAUGGAGAGGAAAAAAUGGAGAGGAGCUGGACUCAUUCCCAAGCGUACGUACAACACAAAAAUAAUGUGGUGGGUGACUGAAUGUAAACAAUAUACGGAGUAUAAAGAUAAAAUAUUACUCCGUACUAGCAAACAUAUUGGGGUGCUUGAUAGUUGGUAAGUUGGUUGGCUAUCACUUAUCAAAAUGUUUGGAACCAAUUCUGCUUUUGUUUUUUUUAAAGCAGAAGUAAAAUCACAAUCAAUUUUCAGAAGCUGGUAUCCCUUAAUUUCUAAAAACAUUGAUACUGUGAGUAAAUUAUGGCACCAGAAGUACUUCUGCACUUCCACCCAAACACUCCAACUUUUGCUUCUACUCUGUGAAAAAGCAGAAGCAUUUUUAAGAAUCACAUCCAAACACCCCCAUCAUCCUAUCAUAAUUGCUGAUUUGACCUUGUUAAUCAGCUAUGUAGACAUUUCCAUCCAUCCUAUUAUUCUUUUAAUAAAAACCAUGCAUCUGCACCCAUCUUGGUACUAAAUAAAAAUGUUUUAGACUAUAAGCUGUAACAAUAUAUUAAUACUAAACCAAUAAUAAGAAAAACUUGACAUUGCAACCUAUUUUGGGUUAAAUUAAACUUUGCACCUCUUUUUCAAAAAUACUAAUGUGUGUACCCUUCCAUUCAAAAAGUUAUGAAGGAAUAAGGUGCAAGCAAUAAGGUACAAUGGAAUGGGAUGCACACAUUAACUUAUUAAAAAUGAUAUAAAUCUAGUUUUGUAUGAAUAUCAUUUGAGGUGCAAACGCAACAUCACUCUUGUAAUACUACUAAUUACUACUACAUCUGUUCCAUGUAAAAGUUACAUUGCGAAUUUUGUAGAUUGACCCAUGAUAAAAACAAAUUUUUCCUCACAAUAUUCUUAGAAUUAAAAGUUAAAAUUUACAAUCUUACACUACUUUAAAAGAUUAUUAAAUUGCGGAACUCAAAUCUAAAUAUAGUAAAAAUUUGAUGCAUAAAACUCUAUAUGAAAAGUUAAUUGUGUUGACAAGUCGUUCUUAGUAAAUAAUUAAACUCCAACUUUCAUUUUGGACAAAGAUAGUGAUAGUAAUUUUGGAUCAAAACUAAAUCUAAAAGCUUAUAUAAAUGUAUGUACAAAGUCAAGUAAAUUUAAAAAUAUUUACAUGUCAUUAUAUAAGCUAGAUACCAUGUAACACUAAACAUUCAGUGAGACCCCAUUUUUUUAAUCUCAUAUAUCAUCUAUCGGCUAAUACAAUUAGCUAUCAAUCAAUUGUCAACAACCAAUUGCCAAUUACUAACACCCUAACGUAAAAUAAUAUGAUUAUACAAAGCACACAAACACAAUGAUAAGCAUAAAAUAUUUCCUCAAAGUAUGACCACCAUAUUCACUACUCCUAAAAAUAAAUUUUAACUAUUUUUCUUCUUUUAUCACUUCACUCCCAUUUUACUCUAAUUCUGAGUUAUUAUUUCUGUCUCUCUGAUCUGUCACACACAUUAAAAUAAAUCUUGGAUUUUUAUGUCAAAAAAGGGCGCAUUACAUCAUCACUUAUUCAAAACAUGGUGAUAACAGUAAAUAGAUAAACCCAAAGGUAUAAUGUUUAGUUAUAAAAGUGAAUUGUUUCAAAUUACAAGUGCAUUUUUGUGUAAAUAUUUAAUUACACUUAUUUUUGUAUAAACUAUUGAUUGCACUAGUGCACAUUUAGAAUACAAUAUAAUGAUGCACUUUUAUUUUAGUAAUUCCAUUAAAAAAUUCCAUAUUUACCAUAACACCACCACAUUUUGAAUUUAAAAUUGAUCUGGUCCUCCUACUUUAUCAAAUCAAUGGUCGAGAUUUUUGUUUCACGUGUGAAACAUUUUGUAUUUGAACACAAUUACACACACCGAGUAAAGGUCUGUCAUUUCGAGUUGAACCUAAGUUCUUCUAGGUUAAAUUAGUGGUUCACGUUGUUUGAUUUGCAUGUUUUCUAUUAUGUGACAAGAAACCUUGGUUUAGAUUCACUUCAUAUAACUUCCAAUAACCCAGAUUUGGAAAACCUCAGGAUAGGGUACAUAGGUAAAAUUCUCUUUACAAGUAAUUUAACAUGUUCAUCAUGGUUAACCUUCAUCCAAAAAUAUUACUACAUUCAUAUGAGGUAACCUAAUACCUAUUCAAACAAUAACUUUAUGUAUGCACUUGAGUUUAAUAAGUUUUAGAAAAUCUAGACUCAAUUAAAUACAAUAAUAGGCUUACAUAAGUGUGUGUGUAUAUAGUACUAUAUCCAUGCGAUCGAGCCAUAAUACCCGUGAUUAAAAUGUAAAUGUAGAAAUCUAAUUUGGGAUGGACUGUAGAAUAAUUAUACUAGACUUAAAUAAUAACAGAAUAAACUAAAUAUAUAAGAAAAUGAAAAAGUUGUCCAAGGCCUUUAGCCACCACCUUCCCUUGAUAUUAUGUAUUGAUACAUGCAUUUUUUUUUUAAUUUUUCCGUGUGUUUUAAUGGAAUAGUAAAUAAAUAAAUUACGAGUAGUUAUUCAAUUUUCACCAAUGGUUCAACAAACUUUUCUGCACCUCUAUAACUUGAUCGAAGAUAUAUGCAUCCAUGCAUGCAUUUGGCUAAUAAAAUCCACCGGAGAUUAUUAAAGGUUAGAAAAACGGAUGUAAGCUUUGUAGGAGUUGAUAAAAUUAAAUGAAUGAUGAUAACAACAUUGCGCCACCCGCCUCCGACGCCUUCACCGGAAGCGGUUGCCGAACCGGUGAUCGUGGUCAGCCAAAACUACUUGGCACCAUAUGUGAUAGAUUUGAACGUUACUAGGAAGAUGAUGAUGAUGUUAAUGGAAGGCACUACCAUCUCGGUCAACGACAUCUAUGGCGAUCAAUGGUUUAAGGUUAGGGGCAAAAUGUUGAGCUUGCGUGACCGCCGUGUUUUGUUUGACGUUGCUGAUAACCCCCUCGUCACAUUCCAACACAAGCUACUAACUGCACAUAGAAGAUGGAUAGCAUACAGAGGAGACAGCACAGAUGAAAAUGAUGUACUCUUCACUGUUAGACAAUCAUCACUAAUUCAAGUCACAUCUGAUUCCAAGACAAAACUUGAAGUGUUCAUGGCACAUAACAUGGCCAAAGAAGGUAAUGGUGUGUGUGAUUUCUACGUCAAAGGCAGUUGUUGUGAAACUUCUUGUGACAUUUUCAUCGGAGGGACUAAGACUAUGAUUGCUCAGAUGCACAGAAGUCAAAGUUUCUUUAGUGCGUAUCUUGGAAAAGACAAUUUCACGAUGUCCAUUCGUCCAAAUGUUGAUUAUGCCUUCAUUGUUUCACUUGUUGUGAUUCUUGAAGAAAUUAAUAGUGAGAGGAAACGCCAAGAACUGGUGAUAAAAUCUUGUGGCCUUUUCGGUUAAUAUAUGUAUGUAUAACAAUAAUCAAACACAUUAAAAUGCUUAAAAUAUAAUAUUGUACAAAUCUCAAUUAAAUGAUCUCACAAACAUAGAUUUU